AUGUCUCCUGCGUUUGAUCCCAAGAAAGACCUCGUCGAGCUCAAAGGCAAAGUUAUAAUCGUUACUGGCGCAAAUCGACAAUCUGGACUAGGCUACUCGACUGUCAAACACCUUGUGCGCGAGGGAGCGAAAGUUUACAGUGCCGCGAGGAAUGAACAACAGUCAUUGGAGUCCAUCGAGAAACUCAAAGAGGAUCUCCGUCUCGGUCAAGAUGGUCCUGGAAGUGAUGGUCAAGUGCAUUUCUUGAAGCUCGACCUUGGGGAUCCCAGGAAUGUGAAGAAAGUUGCAGAAGAUUUCAUGGCCAAGGAGAGUCGGUUAGAUGUGCUAGAUAUCGCCAGCUUAAUCAGUCCUUUCGUAUUCACACAAACUCUGCUGCCACUCUUGACCAAGACUGCGCAAGAAGAAGAUUCUGACGUCCGCAUUAUCAAUGUCUCUUCAAUUACACAUUACAUCGUACCCAGCAUCAAGAAGCUAGAGACGGUCGAAGAUUUGAACCAGGAAUUUCAUGGGCGUCCUGUGGCGAAGUUUUUUCGCUAUGCUCAUACAAAAUUGCUCAUCAUCAUCUGGGCUCGUGCGCUACAUAAACAUCUCAACUCUUUAUCUUCCAUUACUCCUGGAGCCUCACGAAUAACAGUCAUGUCUCUCAAUCCCGGAAAUAUCGACACGUUCAGCAAUCGUUGGCCGCUACCAUGGCUAUGGCGGCCUCUCGUCCGCAUGUUGAUGACUGCACCGAAUGUAGAUGUUGGAGUAUACCCAAUGGUAUUUGCUGCUGCCGGUAAGACGAUACACGAAGAUAGAGAAAAGUAUACCGGGGCUUAUAUGAGUGAGAAGAGAGAUGUUGUGGACCCGAGUAGCAACGCAAGGAGUGACAAAUUAGCUGAAGAAUUGUGGACCUUGUUGCAAAAGAUAAUGAAAGAUAUGGCACUUUGAAGUCGAUAGGGAUGAAAUUUUGUCUUCUUUCGCAUUAGCGCGUCAACAACCCCCCCAGUGCUUACAGCACUCGCAGUCCAUUCACUAGUAGCACCCUUCUCUAAAUUUGCUACGAUGCUCAGGCUCUAUACAUAUGUAGAGGAUUGCAUGCUACUCAAUAUAGAAUGAGCAGUCGCAGUUAUUUGUACCCCAGUGCAACUUU